CGGUGUCUAUUGAAUAGGGGCGUUGGACGCGGAGAUCGAGAAGGGAAAACUCCUGAAGCGCUCAUGUUUUCUUCCAUCGUAGUCGCUCUUUAAAUCAGCAGAUGCCCUUGUUCUGUAUUAAAAUAUAACUGUUUAAAACAUCGUUCAGGUUGAACAGUCUAUUGUUCAGAGGUUUAGCAACUUUUACUAAACCAGCGCAAGAUGACCUCCUAUAUUCUUCUGCUGAUUUUGGCAGUAGGUGGUUUGGAGGCUAGAAAAGUGCUUCCCCGAGAUGUGCAACAACCUGCUUUGGAAACUGCGCUGGACAAGGCUGCAGGUGUCCUGUCAACUGGAGAAGAGGGUGUUAGUCGUAGGGUUCAUUUAAUCCGAAACCAAGGUUUGGAGAAAAGCGAUCCCUCGGCUUUAAGAUCGGAUACUGACCACAAGAGAGUCCCACGGGGCGCAAGAGAUGGGGGCGGAAAAAAGCGGGACCAGCAGCCCUCUUUCAGCGUCAGGUAUCCCCGGCCGUAUGAUCCAAACGAUUAUUUCACCACCCCGAGAUCUGUGCAUCUAUCCAACGCCACGAUGCACCUCGGAGGCGACAGCGGGAUUACUAGGAACUCGCCCUGGGAGGAAGGUGCAGGUAACAGCUCCGUGCAGAAAGGCACAACUCGCAUCCACAACCCCUUGUAUCCGGUGACCGACAGCUCGUACAGCGCCUAUGCGGUGAUGUUCCUGUCGCUCGUCGUCUUCGCCGUGGGCAUCGUGGGCAACCUGGCCGUGAUGUGCAUCGUGUGGCACAACUACUACAUGAAAAGCGCGUGGAACUGCAUUCUUGCGAGUGUGGCCUUCUGGGACUUCAUGGUGCUUUUCUUCUGCUUGCCCGUCGUCAUUUUUAACGAGUUGACGAAGAAACGGCUGCUCGGAGACUUUUCAUGUAGGAUCGUUCCGUACAUGGAGGUGACCUCUCUGGGCGUGACCACCUUCAGCCUGUGUGCCCUGGGCAUCGACCGCUUCCACGCAGCCACGAGCACACAGCCGAAGGUGCGGCAGGUGGAGCAGUGCCAGUCUAUCCUGGCCAAGUUGGCCGUGGUGUGGGUGGGGUCUAUGGUUUUGGCCCUGCCUGAGCUGCUGUUGUGGCAGAUAAGCCGGGACGUGUCCUCGGUGACCGGCGACCUGGUGGACUCUUGUACCAUGAAGCCAUCGCUGAGCCUCCCCGAGUCCAUCUACUCUCUGGUGCUCACCUACCAUGACGCCCGCAUGUGGUGGUACUUUGGCUGUUACUUCUGCUUGCCCGUGCUCUUCACCAUUGCCUGCCAGCUGGUGACCCGGCGCAUCGCCGGCAGUGCCAGCCGCAAGCUGGACGAGCUCCCGCCCAGCGCCACGUCUUCCGGGCCACAGAAGCAGCAGCUCCACAGCCAGAGGGAACGGCAGCUCAACUGCACCGUCAUGGCGCUGGCGGUCGUCUACAGCAUCUGCACGCUGCCCGAGAACGUAUGCAACCUGGCCGUGGCCUACUCCUCGGCGCAGGUGUCGGCCUCCACCCGAGCCCUCCUCAGCCUCAUCAACCAGUUCUUCCUCUUCUUCCGCUCUUCGGUGACUCCUGUGCUCUUGCUGUGCCUGUGCCGCUCUCUGGGCCAGGCCUUCAUGGACUGCUGCUGCUGCUGCUGCGAGGACUGCCUGCCAGACGGCACCCCCACCCCCAGCUCCUCCGGCCCCAGCAGCCCCGCUGGGGAUUCCAAGCUCAAGGUCGACGUAGCCCCCUCCAUCUUCUACGACAAGGCCAAGGACAGCUCCUCCAUCCUGGCCAUUGGGACGACUUGCUGAAGCAGCCCUCCUUGAACCUUCCCAUUUGCUCUGACCCACAAUGCCCCCCCACCAGCCCCCAGGCCAGAGUCCAGACAGCCCGGAAAUAUCAGUUUAUCAGAACGUAUAAAGGCUCAUGCAGAAUAUGGAAAGUCUCCGUCCUGCCCUCUAAUUCAUAAUGUAAUUAUGUUAUAAUAUUGCAGUGCUAAAGCAGCCUCUUCUUAACAUAGCUGUUAUAUGACAAUGACCACUAACACUGUUAUAACAAUCAGCAUGGAAAAAGCCAAGACUUUCCUCUUCGAUCCCUGACUGUCCAUCUACCUGUGCAGCUCCCAGCCCAAACAUGGGCUGAACGUGCAUUGGAUGUGCAUUGGAUGUGCAUCGGAUGUGCAGUAUACAUUAGUGUUUCAGGUCUAUACAAGCUCCCAGGAUGGACUGACUACUACAACAGGCGCACCAUUUUCUGUGUGUUGUUUUCUGUGUUUUGACUGUGUGUUUCAGGUUGUGACAAGGCGCUAGCCUUGCGCCCCGUUCUGUACAUAGUGUCCCCUAACACCUGACCCAGCUGUGAAAUCAGGUGGAGUCUGAAGGUCUCGUCACCAGCUACAAACCUCAGUGUUGUCUUUUGCACACAUUGCCUUCACGACACUGCAAAGGGUUGUGUGCAUUUGUUAAUAGAAACUAUCAUGGCUAUUAUAAAAAGCACUCACAGCAACAGCCAUGCAUUAACUUCCUUUCUACACUAGCAUCUAUAAACAUUAUAUAUUAAAGAAUAUAUUUGCAUUUAUAUACUAUUGCUGGAACCUCUUGGGAAAAUAAUAGGGCCAGGUGACAUGGGACACUACUGUAUGUGCCACACUUCCAGUCCUUUGAUGGGGGGCGUGCUGUGUAACCUGACGUUGCUGCACUGAAAUUGCCUUUAAUAGUACAUCGAAUGUGCGAGUUGGAAGCCGUCCCUUUAGCUAAACGCUCUGUCAUUAGGGGCACGUGUUAGAGUAGCCAUAGGUAGGUCCUAACAGGUCCAAAUGCAGAAACACAAAAUGAAGACCGUUGGUGACUUUUGUAAAGUCCCGCUACAGAACAAAAAAAUCUGAAAAUUGUAUAUAUAUUUUACAGAUUUAACAUGCUGUAGACAUAUGGUAGAGGUAUGUCCUGAAAGUGUUCAAGCUGUGUUGUGACGUGAAACUUCACAGUGACAAACACGGCCACUGUAAUUACAGUUUUACUUUAUUACCCCUCAUUUUUCCAAAUAAAAUAUUUAGUUAUUGUUAA